AUGACCCCAUCGAUUGAGGUAUACCAAGAUGAAAUCCUUUCAUAUGAUUCUAUGUUAAAAGGAUGUACUAAGAGCUCAGGUGUGAAGGCAACUGGCCCAGAAUUUUCCGCAAAUUUAAUUGGAGAAGCGUUAGCAACCCAUAUUUCUAACAUCGACCACGAAGUAUGCGAAGCAGGAGAAGAAGACUCUUUUUUUGUUGUUGAUUUAGGAGAAGUUUAUCGUUCUUAUAUGAAAUGGAAGGAAACAUUACCUAAUGUUCAUGCUCACUAUGCUGUCAAAUGUAACACUGAUUUAUCGGUGAUCAAGUUAUUGGGACAAUUAGGUGCAAAUUUUGAUUGCGCUUCAAAAAAUGAAAUUGACAUUGUAUUAGGAUUGGGGUUUUCUCCAGAUAGAAUUGUUUAUGCCAAUCCUUGUAAGACCAAUUCUUACAUUAGAUAUGCCAAUGAUUCUAACGUUAAUUUGACAACCGUUGAUAACCCUCAGGAAUUAUACAAAUUGCAUAAAUACCACCCCGAAUGUGGAAUCUUGCUUAGAAUUGCUACUGACGAUGAGACAGCUCAGUGCCGUUUAUCUACUAAGUUUGGCUGUAGCGUUGAUACGGCAGUGAACGAAUUAUUACCCUUAGCCGCAAAAUUAGGUUUGAAUGUUAGAGGUGUUGCUUUCCACGUAGGAUCUGGAGCGAAGGAUUUCGACUCCAUCCACGAGGCUGUUAGGGACUCAAGAUUCAUUUUCGAUAAAGGUAUUGAUGAAUAUGGAUAUGGUAAAACCAUGAACAUUUUAGACAUUGGCGGAGGGUUUGAAAUGGAGACUUUUGACAAGUCUUCAGCAAUGGUGAAGCUAUCAUUGGAAAAAUACUUCUCCAGCGAUUACUGCUCGUCGCAGAACAUCAAGUUUAUUGCAGAACCAGGUAGAUUAAUGGUUUCUAAAGCUUUUACGUUGGCUGCCCAUAUUAUUGCUCGUAGAGAUCUUCCAAGGUCCUUGAAAGAGUCUAAUGACAUUGAAGCGAUGCUUUACAUUAAUGAUGGAGUCUACGGCAACAUGAACUGUAUUCUUUUUGAUCAUCAAAACCCAGUCCCUCACGUUUUGACUCACAAGAACAGUUUAUACUACAAUGAGCAAGUUUCCGACAGAACGACAAAGCACCAAUUUUCCAUCUGGGGUCCCACAUGCGAUGGCCUAGACUGUGUUUCCAAUAGGAGUGCUUUGUAUCACAACGUAGAAGUUGGUGAUUGGCUUUACUUUCCAGACUUGGGUGCAUACACCUCUGCUGCUACAACCUCGUUCAAUGGGUUUAAGAAUAAGGCGCAGGUUAUUCGUGUAGCAUCUGAAGAUUUUUCAGAACUCGAAUUGUGA